GUUGUAGAGUCUUUGGUAACAGCUUUCCCCCGUGUAUGUUUGAAUAUGUGCGGAACUUUUGAAAGUUGUUUUAAUACAUUUUACCUCUCUGGAUUACAGUUUGAAUGAAGAAAUGGGGAGCAAAGUGAAAAGUAAUGGGUACUCAGUGGUACCCAGAAUGUUGUCACACUGUGCUGAAAAGGGAAGAGAAGCUGAAGAAAUUCGAAAGAGGAUGAUUGAUGAUCUUACCAAUGAAUUACGUCCCACACAAGAAAAUUUAUCUUAUUAUAAAACAAAGAUCAGUGAGUCUGUCAAAAAAUUUGAAAGGAUACACAAUAAAAUAGAGAGAUGGCGAGAAGACUGUAAACAGUAUUCAGUUUUGGAGGAGCUUUUUCACUCACAAGCUGACGAAUUAGCUAAUCUGAAAGAAUUGCAAAGGACAACCAAUAUUUUGCUGCUUAGAGUACAAGCUGAAUCUGCCGAAAUCAUAACUAAAAAUUAUGCUUUAGUGGAAAAAUUAAAAUAUGCGAAGAAGCUUAAUGAAACUGCUAAUGAAGAAGGUGCAGUUAGUAGUGAUCAAAUAGUAUUUGUCUCUUCCCAGUUGAUGCCAGUAACAGUAAAACCUCAUGAUGGAGCAAAAUUACCAGGUAAAGUAGGAAAGAAAGCUACAAAAAUAAUGAAUGCAAAAGAAAGAUGUGCAGUCAAAGGAGGAGAAAGCAUGAGCACAGUUUCAAAGGAAAGUCUGAAACAUCUCACAGAAUUAUACAAAGAAACAUGCAAGCGAUAUGAAGAUUAUAUACGUAACUUGAUGGAGUUCUGUGAAGAGGCUGAAAUUGAAGAAAUAAAUCGACAAAAAACCAUUGAAAACUUGAAAACAUUAUUGGAAGCACGCCCCAUGGCCGACCACAGCCCGGCUGAGCUCUUACAUGUCCGACAGCCCCGCACACUACUUCACCUUCUGCGGCCUUCCACCUCACGGCCGUGGGUGCCUUUGCUUGGCUGGUUCACCGCCGGCGACCUUGUAUGGGUACGGGGAUAUGGCAGGCGGCCAAAAUGGAGUCCUGGCCGCAUCUUACGACACCGUGGCCAAUGCCUGUAUGAAAUCCAGACGAACACGGGUGUUGCAGUGCGUCAUUCGGACCAGCUUCAGCCUCGUGUGCCAGCAAUGCCUGUUCCGGAUGCCGCUACACCAUCUUCGGCUCUACCUGACGCUCGGGAUCUUGGCAUCUCUCAUUACUCACAAAGUAGCCCUCUCACCAUUAUCUCGGUGCCAGCACAAGAACGGACGCCACCAGGAGACGUGUCCAUGCAGGAACCGGAUGACCAUCAUCUGUCAGAGCAACUCUACUCUCCUCCUUCUCCUACGGAUGCCGAUGCAUCGCCCAUGUCUCCUGUUAUAACAACCGCACUUGCCGCAACGGGCAGAUUGGUGCACGGGGCCCCAGCAGAUUCGUCUCCUACGUCUCCUGUCAUCUCGACCCGUUAUCAUUGGGGACACUUCCAUCCGUAUGGGAAGCCUCCUCCUCGAGACUUUACGGCCAGUCAAACAACACCUAUGGACGUUAGCAAUCUACAGGCCACCUCCAUCAAGACCAGUGCAAAAAUUCAAAGGAGGGAAAAGUGUUGUGAUUCGCUGAUCUUUCAAAGUGCCGUCGCGCAGUUAUGCACGUCCUCUACAUGCGGCGCUGUCUGCCAGCCAUGCAGGAGCCGCGCCACCUAAGCGGCCAGCCAGCCAGCGGCCGCUAGACUUGGACUCAGUGCUGAUUUGACUGUUACCGUGUACACAUGUCUUACUUUGUCUACUUGAUCUG